GGGCAGCCGCAGCCGUGGGAAUUGUCCAGGGCAGCCAGGGCUGCCCAAACGCGUCGAAACAUGUGGGCCCUACUCCUGCUCGCGACUCGAACGACGUCGCAAGAGCACAUCACAGCACGAGCAGUCGAGCAGCGCGGCCUCAGCCUCUACGACGUGCCCUGUGCGGAAACGGAAGGCAAGCACACCUGCGCCUGCCAGAUCCGGUGCGAGGCGCCCUCCCAGAAGCGGUGCCAGAAGGGUUUAAGUGUGUGUUCUCGUGUUAAUGGAUGUGAAUACGUCGUGACGAACCCGAGCGGCGAGUGGGCAACUCUAAAAAGGAGGCCGACGCCGGCGGAACUGGAUCGAGUGAACUUCGCGGGGAAGAAGUUGACGCAAGCGGAGCUGGAUGCGUCCCGUAGUUCUUUGGAGGCGGAAGGCUUGGUGGCGCGACGGAAUUAUACGGGGGGCUUUGCGGCCGCUCUGAAGCGCGCGCAACCGUCAAAACAUACCUAUCAUACGAACUCGUACUGCGGCACUUCCUAUGAAAGUGUGCACGACGCGACGGUGGCGCUCGUCGCUCUAUCGUAUCGAACCCCUGCGACGCUCCGGAACUCCAUGCUGUCGUGGCGCGACUCCGGCCUGUUGAGUUUCGUAGACGAGCGCAUCUUAAUGCUCAACGACCCGGCACCGUCCGAGGUCGCGCUGGGUUUAAAACACGGCUUCGAGGUGCUACUGCCGUCCGACGUCCAAAAAAGGAUAGGCCCACAAAUGCCCAGACAAGUAAAACGCGAGGUCCUCACGAUCGGCGCGGCCUUCGCCGCGGCCUGCGCCGUCUCUACCAGUACCCACGUGUUGUUUCUGGAGAAGGACUUCGCGGUCGCGCCCGGCGCGACGCUCGACGAAGUCGCGUCGGAGCUCGCCGCCGCGGUCGUCGCGGCAAAAAGGGGCGCCGCUGUCGUUAGACUAAGAUCCAUCCAGGACCAGGGCUGCGGGACCUUUCGACGGUGCCAGGACAAUAGAAAUAUGCCCCAGUGGAACGGCCGGACGACCUUUGAAAGGCGGCGGAACUGGUGGUCUUUUUAUUGUCGAGAUUUCCAGAACAAUCGAGUAGCGGACUGCGCAUCCUAUGCCGGGUCGUCGAUGCGAUGCUUCAGCGCCUGGGACUCGAACUGGUCCCUGAACGCGGUCUUAGUUGAUCGAGUACGGGCACUGGAGGAAAAGUGGGCCUAUAAAAGAGGCCGGACGAACGGGCGGUUCCGGGCGCCAGGUACGUCCCUAGCGGCCUACGGCGCGAGUACCUGGCAGAAGCAGGACGGCUUCGAGGUCGGCAUGCUGAAAGACGACUGGGGCCGCACGGACAUGCCGAUCUGUUUAUCCACAAGAGGGCUCUUCGCGCACGUCGAGGUGGACGGGUGACGUCGCCAACCCGUUCGCGCGGCCACGUCGACGGCGUCUCGGUGGCUGUUAUCUCGUCGAACGCCAUCGCGGCGCCCUUCGCGGCGCGUACUAGUACGGAGUAAUAGUGUUCAUGUA